GAUCGUUCAAUCACUUGGGCUGCGGGCAAAUCGCGGUGUUGAAUGUACAGGAACGGUUGUGCAUUCUUGCGUCCUCGUGUUGGUCUGUUUUAGGUGUUUUUGGAUUUAGUUUUAUUUUGUUCGGUUAUAGGAUAUCGCAAAAUCAUGAAAGAGAGAAGAAACGCACAGCCACUGGUGGUCAGAUGUAAACUGGUGCUGGUUGGGGAUGUUCAAUGCGGGAAAACUGCGAUGUUACAGGUUUUGGCAAAGGAUUGUUAUCCAGAGACGUAUGUGCCCACAGUAUUUGAGAACUACACAGCCUGUCUGGAGCUCGAUGACCAGCGUGUUGAAUUGAGUUUAUGGGACACAUCAGGAUCUCCAUACUAUGAUAAUGUGAGACCCCUCUGCUACAGUGACUCUGAUGCAGUGCUCCUUUGUUUUGACAUCAGUCGCCCAGAUAUCUUUGACAGUGGACUUAAGAAGUGGAGGGCUGAGAUCCUCGACUUUUGCCCCAGUACUCGUAUUCUCCUUGUUGGUUGCAAGACAGACCUUCGGACAGACGUCUGCACGCUGAUGGAGCUGUCCAAUCAGAAACAAACACCCAUCACUCAUGAGCAGGGCUCUGCCAUGGCCAAACAGUUGGGCGCUGAGGCUUAUCUGGAGUGUUCAGCCUUCACCUCUGAGAAGAGCAUCCACAGCGUGUUCCGCACAGCUGCGCUGGCUUGCAUCAACAAGCUACAGCCGCUCGCCAAACCCAGCCCGACCCGCCGGCUGUCCAAACGCCUGCUCCACCUGCCCAGCAAGUCCGACCUCCUCUCGUCCACCUUCAAGAAGGAGAAGGCCAAGAGUUGCUCCGUAAUGUGAAUGCUACACCAUUCCCUGUGCUUUGGUCUGGGGAAGGGGGGUGGGUUCGAUUGCCACAUCAUUGACAUGUGGAAUCCUUCCUCACCCCCCAAAGAAACACCUUUCAGAACGAGUGGACACCUCGCUGUCCUCCUUGUCCUGAGCUCUCCAACAGUGCAUAUGUAUUUCAGUACUGUAUCUUGCUUUUAACCGAGAUUCGAUCAUCAGCCUCAUCUGUUCACUCCUUGUUAUCAAGAUAUUUGCUGUCGUGCCAGUUGAAGCUUGGAAUGAUUCAACUGAGCAAAACAAAUUCAAAUUAGUUUAAAAAAGGUUCCAAAUUUCAAUUUAAGCUAUUCGAUGUAUAAAUACAGGCUCUCUAGUGUAAGUUUCAAAAUGAAUACCUACAGUAUGCACUAAAAUUGUGAAAGUGGGAGCCGUCCAUAUCUGAACGCUAAGAUGGAGGAAUAGAGCCAAAAAUAUUUGUAAAAAGAACAUUUAUGAUACUACCAAAGUCAAUUUCCCCUUCGUUCCUCUACUAGAACACUGUAUGAUAUAUACACGCUUCUAUUUUUAGAGGCAAUUGCGGUCUGAGAGAUGGGAUGGGUGUGACUGGGGUACAUAUUACAGUGAUUAUCUGUAUCUUAACGUCUCCUGCUGCUUUCUAGUGUAGGCAACCAUGAAUUUGCAAAGGGAUCCCUGCGCUAGUUCUGCGAGGGCUCAAUCGGAUUGAAUUCGGCAUGAUGAAUAAGCUUUCAUUCCUGAAAAUGACCUCCAGAGAUGCCGUAGCACCAUGCUGAGGAUUUCUGAAACCAAAAUGUAUGCAAGAAGGGUUUUAAGUCACUUGGUUUGAGAUGUUUAAGAUCAGACCAGCUUGGGUUUAGUUCAUCAUGCAUCUUAUGUAGCAUUCUGUCAUCGAGCAGCAGAAUCUCCCGUUUCAUUGCCUCCAUGCUCAUUUGCAGCACUAGCAGCUGAAAUAUUUGUGGGUAAUCUCGUCCAAUGUGUUUGGCAAAAAAACGUUUUCUUGUGCAAAGUGCUAAUCUUGAAGUCUGCUUUCCACCACAAAGCAAUAAUUAUGGUUCAAGUGCUUAUAAUGCAAAGUGUGUACAGUGGCAAUAAUUAAAACAAAAAAGGCUAUUAUAAAUUCAUGCUACUGCUUUGUGGACAUACGUAUAUUUAUGUGGAUAAACCUCAGCACUGCUGUAAAAACAAGCCAAUAUAUUGUGACUCUGUUCAGACUUUGUUAAAGUAAUUAGAUGAAAAUAUGACCAUUGGAGUGCAACACGUUUUCUUUUUCUUUUUUUUUUUUUUUUUUUUCUCUUUUCAACCAAAUAGGAAUAUUAGUGUUCUGUUCAUGAGCAUAAAGGGAGGUUAAUGCAUGAGGAGCAGAUGGACUGGAAGGAAAUUCAGACUGGACCUUUUAAAUAUAUUGAUCAGCUGACCUGAUAAGAACUUGAAAAGGAAGCCGACUUUUGGAAUAAAACUGAACAGGCUGGUCCUGUUUAAUGAAAGAUAUUUUUCCAUUUUUGAACUGUUCUUCAAAUAAUUGUUUUUGCUUUAUUUGUGUAUACUUGAAGUCAAUAUUUUUCUCAUUUUGUUCAAUCAUCAGUGGUGGAAGGGAAGAUGCGAGCAGCCGCCGUGGCUGUUUACAAGUUCUGCCACUGUGAUCACACACCAAAUUCCUUUUUGCAUUGUCUAGUGACUGCGUAAAUAAAGAAACUGAAGAUGAAUUUUGGGUGCUAGGGAGUAUAAACAGCAUGUAUACCUGUCACAUGGCUGGUCAGACACUGCAGCUACUGAUUUACUUGUUUAAGUUCAAGGUAAUGUGAGCGUCCCAGAUGGAGAUGGACAUUCAGUCAUUAUGCUGCCAUUGCACAAUAUUGGGAACAAAUACACUUCAAGCAUGUCCUCUAGUUCUUUGGUUGUACAUAUCCUGUUUUGUAAUCUUUGUAAGACAUUUAAAAGAAUGUCACAAGAUUAAAUAUUUGUUCUUGUUGUGAAUUGACAAAGAUGUGCUUGAUGUAAAAUUGCUUAGUCCUAUUUAUUUGGAUUCAUUUUUUUGAGGUAACUAAUUUGUUUUGUGUUUCACACAGUUUUAUUUCAAAAUGUUAUUUUUAAAAUGACUUCUCCCUUUGUCUUUCCAGUAAUAAAGCUUGCCUUUGUGUGGCACACAUGA